CACGAAUUUGAACGCGAGCACUCUAGAUAAGAACAUCUCUAUGAUGUACAUAUAGGACAUUUCCUAUUAACCCUGACUAAAGGUCUAAACCAUCUAUCUUUACGCUAGCACAUCAUGCAUUAUGAAAUAUAUAGCUAAUCGGCUAGCGUUGUGGCUAGCUCUCCGAAAACAAGAAAAAGAAACUGCGUGAAAUCAGCUGGGAACCUUGUGUUCUGCUAGAGCUACGCAUGUGUGGGAGCUGAUUUGAAAAAUACUUGACUUGAAAUAUAUCCACCGUCAGCAACAGAGACGAGAGUCGCAAGAGUAAAAGAUGUCCAAGCGCAGGAGCGAAUCCCCUGGUGAGGUCACACAGCACAAAAGGCAGCGAGCCUCUCAGCCUGAGGAAGAUGACGAGGACGAUGACUCUGUGCCUUUUACACUCACUCCUUCAGUAACAGGAUCAGGAGAUGUGGGCAUCAUUGAGGCCAUCACGCUGAAGAACUUCAUGUGUCACGCACAUCUUGGCCCCUUCACGUUCGGACCCAAUGUAAACUUCGUAGUUGGCAACAAUGGAAGUGGCAAGAGUGCCGUGCUGACCGCACUCAUUGUAGCGCUGGGAGGGACCGCUCAGACCACCAGUCGAGGCUCCUCACUCAAGAACUUUGUCAAAGAGGGAGAAAGUUUUGCUGAAGUGUCCAUUACAAUCAGGAACCGGGGGAAUGAUGGCUUCAAGCCCCAGGCGUACGGGGAGUCCAUCAUUGUGGACCUUCGCAUCUCUGGAGACGGUGUCAGGACUUACAAAAUCCGCAGCAAAACCGGUCAGGUGGUUUCUACCAAGAAGGAUGAACUGAUCAGCAUACUUGAUUACUUCAACAUCCAGGUGGACAAUCCCGUGUCCAUCCUCACCCAGGAGAUGAGCAAGCAUUUCUUGCACUCCAAAGGGGAGCAGGAUAAAUACAAGUUCUUUAUGAAGGCAACCCAGCUGGAUCAGAUGAAUGAGGACUACGAUUACAUCAUCAAGACUCAAUCGCUCACCAAGAAUGCUGUCAAUCAGCACGAAGAGGUUUUAGAGGAAUUGAAGAAGGCGUUCAAGGAGAAGGAGGAGAGGUACAAAGGCCUGUCCUCGCUGGAGGAGAUGAACAAGAAGCUGGACGAUCUCAAGAAACAGAUGGCCUGGGCACUGGUAAACGAAAUGGAGAAGGAGAUGAGACCUAUUGGAGAUCGAGUGGAGGCUGAAGAGAAGCUAACACCGAAAUAUAACCAGAAGGUCGACGAGUGGAAGGCCAAGGUUGAGGAGGCGGAGAGGAAGUACCGUGAGCAACACGAGCGCGUGGAGCAGGUGACGGAGCGCCUGCAGACCCUGCAACCUCUGGGGGCACAGCUGCGCGCCGACACCCAGAAGCACAACGCCGCCGUCAAAACCGCAGAGGCCAGCUACCACAAGCUGAAGACCAACCAGCGCGAUCUGGAGAAGGACAAGCAGCAGCUGACCAAGCGUAUAGACGAGCUCACUGUCAGCAUCAGCCAGGCGACCGCGGCGGACAGCCAGGCGCGUGAGGCACGCAUCUCCACGCUUCAGCAGGAGCUGGGGGAGCUGGCCCACCGUGACAACACCCUGGCCCAGCAGAUGGAGCAGUUCCAGCACGCCAUCAACACCGCCCAGGAGAGCCUCAACGGCACCAGACGUGAGGAACAGGACCUCACGCGUUCCAUCAGCUCGAAGGAGAACAACAUUCGGCAGCUGGAGGCCAGCCGGACCAAUCGGCUGCGGCGUUUCGGCGAGCACAUGCCCGCCCUGCUCAACGCCAUCGACGAGGCCUACGCCAAGGGCAUGUUCAAGAGGAAGCCUGUGGGCCCAAUCGGGCACUAUAUCCAUCUGAAGGACCCGUCGCAGGCCAUCGCUGUGGAGAGCUGCCUGAAGUCGCUGGUGACCGCGUUCUGCUGUGACAACUUCAGGGACGAGCGCACCCUGCAGACGCUCACCGCCAAGUUCAUGAAGGAGAACAGGCCACAGCUCAUCGUCAGCGCCUUCAACGAUCAAAUCUACAACGUCGGUCCAAGGGCUGUGAACCACCCCACCUACCCCAGCGUCCUGCAAGCCCUGGAGAUCGACGACCCCAAUGUGGCCAACUGUCUCAUCGACAUGAGGGGCAUCGAAACCAUACUCCUCAUCAAGAACAAUGACGAGGCCAGGAGGGUGAUCCAGCGGAACACGCCUCCUCGUAACUGCAGGGAGGCCUUCACGGCGGCGGGGGACCAGGUCUACCAUAACCGCUACUACUCCAACUCAUCACAGAGGAAGACCUCAGUCCUCGGGGGAGACGUGGAGGAGGAGAUCAACCAAUUGCGGGAAGCUGUUGCCAGCCAACAGGAGCACCUGUCUCGUCUUCGCGAGAGCAAGCAGACGCUGGAGGCGGAGAUCCGGCAGAACAACGCUCUGAACAGAACCUCCUCUGACCAGCUCACCAGAGUCAAGAACCAGUGCAGGAGGUUGAAGAUGGAGAUCACUGAGCUGCAGAAUGUUGAAGAGCCCCAGUCUGACGACCUCGUACCACUGGAGGCCGACCUGGACGAGAUCAAGGAGAAGCUGGUGGUGUCGGUGCGUCAGUGUGAGGAGGCGAAGGAGAGACUGGCCCAGCUGCGCAGCGAGGCCUCGGAGGCGGACCACAAGUUCAAACAGCACCGCGAGCAGAUCGCCAGCGUGGCGGAGGAGGCCGAGCCUAUCAGGGAAGAGCUGAACAAAUGCGAUUCGGACGUGGAGAAGAGUAAACACCACCGGAAACACUACGAGGAGAAACGCAAGACCCACCUCAGCAACAUCCAGGCACUGAAAAGCAACCUGCAACAGAAGGAGAAGGAGCUCAAGGAGUCCAUAGCAAAGGCUGUGACUAUUUGUCCGGAGCGUGUGGAUGUGCGGAGGACGGCCAGGAGUCUGGACUCUGAGAUCAACCGGCUGCGCGUCAGCAUCAACACCCAGCAGGAGCAGCAGGGGGACCGAGAGGCCAUCAUCAGGCAAUACCAAGAAGCCAUGCAGAAAUACAACUCCACAUACAGGGACGUGAAGACCCUUAAGAAGUUCAGUGAUGUCAUCAAUGACAUCAUCCAGCAGAGGCAGAGGGCGUUUGCUAAGAUGAGGAGUUUCUACUCUUUGCGCUGCAAGUACUAUUUUGACGCGACUCUGGCACAGAGGGGUUAUGUGGGGCACAUCAACUUUGACCACAAGAGUAAAACACUCCUUAUUGCGGUCCAGCCAGGAGGCAAGACUAAGGCAUCCCUGAGUGACAUGCGAUCUCUCUCGGGAGGAGAGCGUUCCUUCUCCACUGUCUGUUUUGUCCUCUCGCUUUGGUCCAUCACGGAGUCGCCUUUCCGGGCCCUGGACGAAUUCGAUGUCUACAUGGACAUGGUCAACCGGAGGAUCUCCAUGGACAUGUUCCUGAAGGUGGCGUCCAGCCAGCGCUUCAGACAGUUUAUCUUUCUCACGCCACAGAGCAUGAGCUCCCUCCCGGUUAGUAACCUGAUCCGCAUCCUCCGCCUGAAUGACCCUGAGCGCAACCAGACCAUCCUGCCCUUUGGCCAGCGCAAUUCUGACCCAUAGACAGGGGUGGGGCAACAUUCACGCACACACACACACACACACACACACACACACACACACACACACACAGAGAUUAAUUCUUAUUGUUUCUUUCAUUCUGUCUGGUUAUCUGUGUACAUUGCAGGCCACAUGAGGGAAGACUACCUCACUUUAAGUUCUGUCUGAUGGGACCCCUUACUUUCUGUUUUACCUUCAUGUUUUCUUUCGCUUAACUGAAAUCUAAUCUUUUUAGUUUCCGGAUUUAAAUACAUUUAAGGAAUAAAAUGUUAUAUAAGUUCUGUAUGUGGUGUACAUAAAUUUAAUGUUUAUUUAAAAAACAUUUUUUUUGUUUGUUCAUUUUUUUUGGUUCGUUUUGUUUCCCAAAUUUUUCAAAAAAUCUUGAUUUAAAGUAUUAAAAGCAAUAUGUUUGUU